AACGCGCCUUUCACCGUGAUUUGAGGGGAAGUAAAGCACGCGCUCUUCAAACAGAAAUACACGUUUAGCUCAGAGAUAAAAAAGGGGGUUUCGCGGAGGUCGCGGCGCUGAACGGAGACUGAGAAAGCGGACGCGGUUUCCCGGUGAAAUUCAAAUUUGGGACUUGGUAGGAGCCCAUUGUCAAGCAUUGUUCUGCCUCCGCAGCGCCCCGGACUGAGCAGCUCACCGGCCCCUGCUGCCCGCCAAUCGAACGUGUCGCGCGGCAGUGGCGCUUUCAAACGGGCCGGCGGAGCGGAAGGAGCAGCGCUCCUCUUCUCACCAUGGAGGUGAAAAGGAAGAAAAAGGCGGAGAGCCGUUCGCCUUUGCAUAGCGAGGAUAGCAAAGUGCAAGAGAAAUUAGACUUUGAAAUCCGCAUGCGAGAGGGGGCGUACAAGUUAGUCGUUGCCAGUACAAAGAGAGAGCAGGUCUUAAAUGCAUCGAAGAACCUCCUGACAAGUAACACCCGCAUCAAGGCCUGCAUGACUGAGCUGCAGAAGAUGAAAGAUCAAGAUCUGAAAAUCAUUUCCAGAAGGAGACCAUCAGAUACAGCUUCUAGGGAUUGUGUUGCUUGCAAGGGGAAAGUUGCCUUAUCGGGCUUGCGUAUUCCACUCAUGUGGAAAGAUUCAGAUCACUUCAAUAACAAAGGAAGCUCUCGGAGAGUCGCUGUGUUCUGUCUGAUGAAAAUUGGAGCAGAAGUCUUUGACACCGAGAUGGUGGUUGUGGACAGAUCUGUAACCGACGUUUGUUUUGAAGGCACAAUAGUUUUCGGCGAGGCUGGGCCGCAGUUUGAGUUGACGCUGGAGCUGUACAGCUGCGCCAUGGAGGAGGAGACAACUUUGGUGAACACACCCAAGAAACUGGCCAGAAAGCUUCGCUCAUCCUUUGGCAGGGCUUCGGGAAAAAAAUUGUGCCCCCUGUCGGACAGUGCUGACCCAGUCUCAUUCCUGCAGUAUAACCCAAUACCCCUUGGCACCAGGUACAACCUGCUGGCAUACACAACUCUGGGCUUGGCUCAGGCCGAUGGAAGCUUCCAGUCUCACUCGUUGACUGUCGUGCAGAACUCGGAGUCCUCCUCCUGGCUGCCCCUGUACGGGAACCUGUGCUGUUGCUUGGUGGCACAGCCAGACUGUAUGACGCAGCUACAGAUGCAAGGCUUCCUGAGCCACCAGCAAAAGCUGGAUGGAGUUCUCCGGUGCUGCAGCUUCUACUGUGUGCUCAGGGCUGGUAGCUUGUCCUGCUAUUAUACCCCAGAGGAGAUCAAUGCCAAACUGGAGCCAGCCCUGGUCAUUCCUGUGAACAAGGAAACAAGGAUACGCAAGGUAGACAAGGAGCAGAAAAAGUCCAGCCAGCUGGUGAUCAUCAACCCGGUAACUGGAGAGGACGGCACGCACGUCUUCACAUUGGAGAACAGGGAGGAGCUGGAUGAGUGGACAAAGGCCUUCUGGCAGCACUUCCAUGACCAGGAUCAGUGGCAGCACUGUUGCCAUGAGCUCCUGAAGAUUGACGCCGAGUCCCCAAGGAAACCACCGUUAUUCUUGACUAAGCCGGCUGAGUCUGUCUACAAUGACCUCAGUAUCAGUUCCCCUGGGAAGUUUGAAAGCCUGACUGAUAUCAUCCACAAUAAAAUUGAAGAGACAGGGGGCCGUUUUCUCAUUGGUCAGGAGGAGGAAGUGGAGGCACCUCGUUGGGCUGCCCUUUUCGAGGGUUCCUGCCCCAUGAUGGUGGAAAAAGCAGUAGUGUCUCCAAGGAAAGAGGGUGGCCAGCCUAGCCCCAAAAAGACACUGGCCAGCCCCAACUGUAAUACCACUAAAAAGCGACGUGCCCCACCCCCUCCUCCUGACAAGCAGCCUUUUAUACCAUCUGCCAGCUGUGUCCGUCAGCAAGAAAAGGAGAACACUUGGAAAAGGGCAGGGAUGAGAACUGGCCGGCCAUCCCUGGAUGCCAAGUUCUCAGCCAUCAUUCAGCAGCUGCAGAAGAACCACCAACCUGCUCGCAAGAUGGCCCCCCUCGGCCACAUGGCUGUAGUGUCACAGGAUAGCGAGAACUGGACACCCGAGCCCCCAGAAAGACCGGUUCCUGCCCCACGGCAGAAGCGCCAGUCCUUCAGGGAGAAGAUGAACCCCAAAGGCUGGUGAAUUACUUGAGAGAUGGAUGGCCAAUUAAUAGACCUUAAAUUAAGGACCAGCUAUUUAGACCCAUAAUGUAGAUGUGAACAAAGUGAUAUACUGGCCAUGUAGACAGAAUAAUGAUAGGAGAAAUCUGGCUUUAAAUAAUGCUGUGUCAGAUAAGACAUUAUUUGGUAUCAUGUUUUGGGAUACUUCUGUGUUUGUUUUAAUACUAACUGAAUAACUGUUAGAAGCUAACAGACCGUAGAUUAUUAUUUCCGUGGGGAAAUCAAAGUGUAGAAGAGAGAAUUCCAUCUUGCUCAUCAUCAUCUUAACUCUUGUAAUGUGAAACUGGGCAGUAAAUGUAGUACUUCCCUUGGAACUGUUUUUCUGCAUCCCCAUUGCUUGGUGGUUCGCAUGCACACGCACACGCACACAACUCCCAAAUAAACUCUCUUAAUUGUGGCCCUUGUCUCAAAUGAGAGCAGCCAUUAAAAAUCACUGUCUGCUUUCUGUGGGCCUGCUGGAUUGCAAUGGCGGCUGCCGAAUGGGUGGCACGAAAUGUGACUCAGAUGGCCUUGAAAUGUGUGGUGCAUGCUUGGGUGGCUUGCUUCUGUGGCUGUAAGUGUAGUGCCUGUUAAUUUUUUUUUUUAAGACCAGUAAUGUGAGCAUGAAUCACCAUAUAAAAGCAUUCCUGAUGUGUGUACUGUAAAUUGUUCUGGUUACAAAUGGAGUAAAAGUACCUAGGAAAUAGGAUUAAUGCCUCUCAAUUGUAAACAUUAGUACCAGCCAAUUGAACCCCAUUGAAAGAACCUGUACUACUAAAGUACUACUCAUUAGGGUACCUUUUCAUAUGAAAGUAAGUGAAGAAUACUGGGUAAAUAGCAUAAAUCAGAAAAUGGC